AUGGCGACCUUUCUCGAGAACUCGUACAGUCUGGUGCACCUUGACAACACCGCGGACCAGCCGAGUCAGCAGGACCUCAAGACACAACUAGAAAAGGGCACAGAUGAGACCAAGCUGGACACCAUGCGGAGGAUCCUCACCACCAUGCUCAAUGGCGAUCCCAUGCCCAAUCUAUUGAUGCAUAUCAUCCGUUUUGUCAUGCCUUCGAAAAGCAAAUCUCUGAAGAAACUGCUCUACUUUUACUACGAGAUCUGCCCCAAGUUGGACGCCAAUGGGAAGUUAAAACAGGAGAUGAUCCUCGUCUGUAAUGGAAUCCGGAACGAUCUUCAGCAUCCCAACGAGUUUGUUCGAGGAAAUACGUUGCGCUUUCUUUCCAAACUUCGAGAACCCGAAUUGAUCGAACCCCUCCUCUCUGCUGCGCAAACUUGCCUUGACCACAGACAUGCCUACGUGAGAAAGAAUGCCGUAUGGGCAUUGGCCUCCGUCUAUCAGAAUGCCCAGCACCUGAUCCCGGAUGCCCCCGAGAUGCUUCAUACCUUCCUCGCCGGCGAAAGUGACACAACUUGCAAAAGGAAUGCCUUUGCUGCAUUGAUGAGUAUAAGCCAUGACAAAGCAUUGGAAUACCUCACUGGAGUCCUGGACGGAGUACCUAAUGCCGACGAGCUACUCCAGCUGGUUGAACUGGAGUUUAUCAGGAAAGACGCCGUUCAGAAUCAUGCAAACAAGGCGCGCUAUUUGCGCUUGAUUUUUGAUCUGUUGGAAGCGAACACGAGCACAGUUGUCUAUGAAGCUGCGACUUCACUGACAGCCCUGACGAGCAAUCCGGUGGCUGUUAAGGCGGCUGCUGGAAAGUUGAUCGAGCUGAGCAUCAAAGAGGCGGACAACAACGUCAAGCUGAUCGUGCUUGAUCGCGUUGACCAAUUGCGGAGACGGAAUGAGGGCGUCCUGGACGAUCUCACCAUGGAAAUCCUGCGAGUUUUGUCUAGCCCUGACCUGGACGUCCGACGGAAAGCUUUGGGGAUUGCAUUAGAAAUGGUCUCCAGUAAGAACGUCCAAGAGAUUGUCAUGCUAUUGAAGAAGGAAUUGGGCAAGACCGUGGUUGAACAAUAUGAAAAGAACGCGGAAUAUCGACAACUUCUGAUUCAGUCGAUCCACCACUGCGCCAUCAAAUUUUCAGAGAUCGCGGCGAGCGUGGUUGAUGUCUUGAUGGACUUCAUUGCCGACUUCAACAAUAGCUCAGCAGUGGAUGUUAUUUCCUUCGUCAAAGAAGUGGUUGAAAAGUUUCCUAAGCUCAGAUCCUCCAUCGUGGAACGGCUGGUGUCGACAUUGGGCGAAGUCCGGGCAGGAAAGGUGUACCGUGGUUCGCUUUGGGUAAUUGGCGAAUAUUCUCUACAAGAGAACGACAUCAAGGAGGCUUGGAAACGGAUCCGGGCGAGUCUUGGGGAGAUCCCGAUUCUAGCUUCAGAGCAACGGUUAUUAGACGAGCAGACGAAUGAGGAUGGUGAAGCGAAGGACCAGGUCAACGGCCAUUCGGCACCCAAACCAGCCUCAAGCGGAUCACGGAAAAUCCUUGCAGAUGGCACAUACGCAACCGAAAGCGCAUUAACCAGCGAUUCCGCUGCAAAAGCGAGAUUGGAAGCAGUCAAAGCGGCACAGAAACCCCCCUUGAGACAGCUUAUUCUUGAUGGCGACUACUACCUGGCAACAGUGCUUUCUUCGACCUUGACGAAAUUAGUUAUGCGUCACUCGGAGAUCUCGACAGAUCAGGCGCGCACUAAUGCCUUGCGUGCUGAGGCCAUGCUGAUAAUGAUUUCGAUCGUUCGAGUCGGACAGUCGCAGUUUGUGAAGGCGCCCAUUGACGAGGAUUCGGUGGAUCGAAUCAUGUCCUGCGUACGGGCGUUGGCCGAAUUCACUGAACGCAAAGAACUUGAGGUAUCCUUCUUGGACGAUACUAGAACAGCAUUCCGGGCUAUGGUCCAAGCCGAAGAGAAGAAACGGGCCGCCAAAGAAGCAGUGGAAAAGGCGAAGACAGCCGUCCAGGUGGACGAUGUUCUUUCAAUACGACAAUUAUCGAAGAAGAGUGCAGGCGAUGGCACAGAUGAAAUGGAACUGGACCUGGAGAAAGCAACAGGCGGCGAUGCUUCGUUUGAAGAUCUGUCAUCCAAACUGAGUCGCGUCGUGCAGCUUACGGGGUUUUCAGAUCCUGUAUAUGCCGAGGCUUAUGUCAAGGUGCACCAGUUUGACAUUAUCCUCGAUGUACUCCUGGUGAAUCAGACGACCGAGACUCUUCAGAACCUCUCGGUGGAGUUUGCUACUCUAGGUGAUUUGAAGGUGGUGGAACGACCGACGACACAUAAUCUUGGACCGCAUGACUUCCUCAACGUGCAGUCGACCAUCAAAGUGUCAAGCACAGACACAGGAGUGAUUUUUGGUAAUGUCGUCUAUGACUCGCCUUCUGGCACGGAUACGCAUGUUGUCAUCUUGAAUGAUGUGCAUGCAGAUAUCAUGGACUACAUUCAGCCAGCAACAUGCUCCGAAUCAGCAUUCAGGACCAUGUGGACCGAGUUUGAAUGGGAGAAUAAGGUGAACAUCAACAGCAAAGCGACGACCAAGACGCUGCGGGAGUUCUUGGAUCAACUCAUGAAGAGCACGAAUAUGACGUGUCUGACGCCGGAAGCCAGUUUGAAAGGUGACUGUCAGUUCCUCAGUGCAAAUCUGUACGCACGGAGUGUUUUCGGGGAGGAUGCAUUGGCGAACCUGAGCAUAGAAAAGACGGCGGACAACUCGAUUGUGGGAUUUAUUCGAAUUCGGUCACGGUCUCAAGGACUGGCCUUGAGUUUGGGAUCAUUGAAGGGUUUGAAGGCAGGCACCUAUUAG